CCCAAUCGCGGCAAAUCAAACGACACGACAACAACCCCAUCGAAACUGAGCAACGAACUCCAUAGCAGCAGCAGCAGAUCUGAAAAUCUGCAUUUCCCUCCGAUACGUCCAAACUCCUAACCGGAGGGUCCGAGAUCCGAAACCUCCAUCCAAUUCGGAGCUCCAGCAUCCGAUGAUGGAGUCCGAAAAUGCUGCCGACGACUCCUCCGCGGUGGCCAGCCUCCUCCCGUUGGCCUCCGCCUCCCAGCAACCCUACGUCUCCGAGCUCCUCUCCUUCACCCUCGAUCGCCUCCACAAGGAACCGGAGCUUCUCCGGGUCGAUGCGGAGCGAAUACAGCGGCAAAUGCAGGAGGUGGCGGUGGCCAAUUACCGAGCUUUCAUUGCUGCUUCCGACGCGUUGGUCGCAAUUCGAAACGAAGUGUCUUCCAUUGACAAACAUCUCGAGUCUCUGCUGGAGGAGACGCCGAAGUUGAUGAAUGGGUGCACUGAGUUUGUUGAAUCUGCGGAGCAGAUUUUGGAAAAGAGGAAAUUGAACCAGACGUUGCUAGCCAAUCACAGUACAUUGCUCGACUUACUUGAAAUCCCUCAGCUUAUGGAGACAUGUGUGAGGAAUGGAAAUUACGAUGAAGCUCUUGACUUAGAAGCAUUUGUUAGCAAACUUUCAACCAUGCACCCCAAAUUGCCCGUUAUUCAAGCUUUGACUGCAGAAGUCAGGCAGACCACUCAAUCUCUUCUUUCUCAACUUCUUCAGAAACUUCGUUCAAAUAUUCAGUUACCUGAAUGUCUCCGUAUUAUUGGAUAUUUACGUAGAAUAGGAGUUUUUAGUGAGUAUGAAAUGCGUUUACAGUUUUUGAGAUGUCGGGAGGCAUGGCUUACUGGAAUUCUGGAGGAUCUGGACCAGAGAAAUGCUUAUGAGUACCUGAAGGGGAUGAUAAAUUGUCAUAGAAUGCAUCUUUUUGAUGUUGUUAACCAAUAUAGAGCAAUAUUUGCUGAUGAUACAUCAGGCAGUGAAGAAAAUUAUGACGGUGGUCUUCUUUUCAGUUGGGCUAUGCAUAUAAUUACUUCACACCUUAAGACUCUUAAAAUUCUGCUUCCAAAGAUAACUGAAGGCGGAUCUCUAUCAAAUAUCUUGGAUCAAUGCAUGUAUUGUGCUAUGGGACUUGGUUGGGUUGGGCUAGAUUUCCGGGGCUUGCUGCCAUCACUGUUUGAAGAGGCAGUUCUCAACUUGUUCUCAAAAAACAUGAGCACAGCAGUUGAGAAUUUUGAGGUGGUCUUGGAUUCACAUCGUUGGGUCCCACUACCAGCAGUUGGCUUUUCAUCGAACAGUCAUGGUGAUGAAAAUCAGGAUGAUGUAACCCCGCCAUCUUAUCUUAUGGAACAUCCACCUCUUGCUGUUUUUGUUAAUGGCGUGUCUGCAGGGAUGAACGACCUCCGCCCCUGUGCCCCAAUAAGUUUAAAGCAUGUGCUUGCUCAAGAGUUGAUCAAGGGAUUGCAGGCUGUUUCUGAUUCUCUACUGCGGUACAAUACAAAUCGGAUGCUGAAAGAACACGAAUCUGGACUUUUCCUCUCACUUUGUCGAGCAUUUAUUGAGGUUACUUACCCGCACUGUGCCACAUGCUUUGGCCGCUGUUACCCUGGUGGAGCUGCUUUAAUCAUGGAUGCAAAGAGUUUGUAUGACGGGAUUGGCCGCCUACUGACAGUCGCCACUCCAUCAAGAGGACUCACGAAACCUGUUGGUGAUGGAGACGGAGAUGGAAAUGAGAAUGAGAAUGAAAAUGAAAAGAACGUAACUGAGAACGGUGACGUGUCUGCGGUAGAAAAUGGGAUCUCGCCGGUCGUUGAAGAAACCGAUAAUACCAACUCUGAUGAGAGGGAACAGAAAAGCCCCACUUUGCAAACAGAGGAAGAGACGCACUGAUCAUGGACGUGUGUAGCUCCCAUGUUUUGUAAUUUUGAAUAUUGGCUCUAAUAUUUUGCUUGUAAUUAUUUGGCUCAAAGAUGUUAUAUCGGAAUUUCAGAUGUUAUAUGAUAGAGAAGAGAAACAAUUUGAUUGUAGAAAAACAUCAGCAAAUUAAUAACAAUUUCAUACUGAUUUGUUGUACCA